AAUAACUCCGAAUUCAGAGUGCACAUGCGUUUUCUAAAGAUGGAUCAACGUGAAGAUAGCCAAAAGUAGUUUGGCUUCUUAUCACCGUGUCAGGUUAUAUUUUAAUCUUGUCGUUGAAAACAUAUGAUAUUCGAAUAAGAAUGAGCUCAGAAGAUGAUUGGGACGUGGAACAGCACAAAACGGAGCACGAGUGCGACGAACAUUGGGAACUUAGACGGAAAUUUCUAUUAGCCCAUAAAGAUAAAUUUCCAGAAGACGAGCUUGUUUGUUUGGCACAAGUAUUUACUAAUGUCGAGUUACUCGGUUGUAGAUAUCCUAAAGAAACGAUGCAGUUAAUAGCAGAACUAGCUCGAGACAUCGUCGAAGAUUACAGAGAAAGACAAAAAAAGAAAUUACAAAGAACGUUUGUAAAAGCUUCCGAUGCUGCUAGUUCAAAGGUUAAAGGUAUACCUAAGAACUGUGAGUUCUACGGACUGACUGCUACAACAUCUACCAAUAAAACCAAAGCACAAAUAAAAAAUGCAAGAUCGCCUAGUAAUUUUAAAGAUAACAAAGUAUCCACAAAAAGGAUAAAACUCCGUGAUACUCCCUUUGGUGAUAUGGUGUUGGUAGAGAGGCCGGAUGAUACGCCGCAAAAUAUAAUUGCUUGCGCAGUGAAUGCAUCAGGAGGAAACAUAGAAUGGAAAAUUGAUAGAACAGGUGAAUCUUGUAAAUGCAGUAUUUUUAUAAAUUCAAAACCAUUGACAGAAGCUUGUAGCUCUAAUCGAAAGCAAGCAAAGAAAGAGGCAUCCAUUGUUGGAUUACGCGAACUACAGAAACAUUAUUAUACAAUUAAGAUUAAACAUAAUAUAAAGACAGACGCAAAAAUAACGACGACAUUGCUAAAAAGUGCAACAACGGACGAAUCAAUUUCCGACGACAACAUUGGAAAAAAAUUAAUGAAGUUAAUGGGUUGGGCUGGUGGUGGUCUAGGCAAAUCGCAACAGGGAAUCGUCGAACCUGUCACUAUUAAACAACAAAUUAGCAGAGAUGGUUUAGGGUUAAAAUCCAAUAGCGGUACCGUGAAUGAUUUACGAAUGAAAUCUAGAGAGGUUAUGAGGAAGUUUCUUGCGAGCGACAUGAGCAACGAUUUAAUAUUUUCAUCCGAUUUUUCAAACGACGAAAGAGCAACGAUCCACCAGAUUGCAAGACAAUUAGGUUUGAAAUCCCACAGUUACGGUCCUAAAACUAAACGAACGUUAGUGAUUUCUCGUAAAAUAGACGUUCGAGAUUUGGUCGAAGAAUUGAGAAAUCUCGGAGGAGUCACAAAUAAAUACAAGUUAAUCGAACCAACUGAAAAUCUAAACUGAAAUAUAUAUAUGUUUCGUAAUAUAUUUUACCUCCAUGAUAUUAUCAUGUAUUAUAAUAUUUUUAUGGUUAAAAUAAAUAUUCGAAUGAAA